CUGCUGCUCUCCCAAAAUGGUGGCUCCUCCGGGCGAGAACUCCAGCGUUGGGAGCCAAGUGUCGUGCCGGACGUGCCAGGAGCAGCGACUGCAGGGCGAGGUGGUAGCCUUCGACUACCAGUCCAAAAUGCUGGCUUUAAAAUGCCCUUGUUCAAGUGGAAAACCCAACCAUGCAGACACCUUGCUCAUGAACUUACAAUAUGGUUCAGAAGUGGAAAUAAUUAAUGACCGAACAGAAACCCCUCCUCCUCUAGCUUCACUCAAUGUUAGUAAGCUUGCCAGCAAAGCACGGACAGAGGAGGAGGAGAAGCUGAGCCAGGCCUAUGCAAUCAGUGCUGGUGUUUCCCUAGAGGGCCAGCAGCUCUUCCAGACCAUUCACAAGACUAUUAAAGACUGUAAAUGGCAAGAAAAAAACAUUGUAGUCAUGGAAGAAGUUGUUAUUACACCCCCAUAUCAAGUGGAAAACUGUAAAGGCAAAGAAGGGAGUUCUCUGAGCCAUGUACGCAAAAUAGUUGGAAAACAUUUUAGAGACGCGGAAAGCCAAAAGAUACUGCAGCGUUCACAAGCCCAGCAACCACAGAGGAGGCUGCCCUAUCAUCCUGAGUCCAUACACCUGGAGGACUCUUCCAACAUCCAGCCAAGGAGGCGGUGGUGGUGGCUUCAGCGGAGGCAGGCCGGGGGAGGGAAGGGAUCCUAUAUUUCCUAUUGGCUCUUGUUAACAGAGGGUCAGCAUUUCCAAAUCUUAGACUUGAACAAACAAAACACCCGACAAAAAAGAACAAGAGAGUAAUUUAAAAAUUGGGAAAAAAA